ACCUCUUCCACUUUCAACAAAGCGGGGUGGAGGAAUGUACAGUCUGAACUCAGUAGACAAACAAGAUUCCAAUUUACCAUGGUACAAUUGAGGAACAAGGUCAACAAACUAAAAAAACUGUAUGCCAGUUUUCACAAACUCAUUUCUCAGUCCGGAUUUGGUUGGGAUAAUGUGAAUAAAAGAGUUGUUGUUGACGACCCAAGUAUAUGGGAAUCUCAUAUCAAGGAUAAUGUUGAGUGGGCAAGAUUCAGGAAGAAUGGAUUUCCUCAGUAUCCUGAGCUCUGUAUUGUUUUUGGUGGUACAUAUGCUACUGGCGAUCAUGCCAUAGGAAGUGCUCAAGAUGUGGAUGUGUCGGAUGAUGAUGACAAUGGUGAUGACAAUGUAGGUGGUGACAACAGUGGUGGCGAUGCUUAUGCUGUCAAUGCAGGUGAUGACUAUGAUGGUAGCAAUGCAAAUGAUUUCAUUGGACACCACAGUGAUGACAGACUCUUUACAAUAGACGAUGCUGGAACUUCAAUUCGUGGAAAGCACAAAUUGAAUAGAACUCCAAAUAGUAAGCGGAGAAGAAAGAGUAACCAAUCCGGUAUUGCUGAAACUUGUAGAGCCAUACAAGAUUUUCUGAAAGUUAGGUCAUCAAGUCAAUCUGGUGGUGGCUCUGCGAGCUCAGGGACUACACAACCACCUGUAGACCCUUUCUCCUUAUCUACUGUGGUCCAGAUUCUACUGAGUAUGCCCGAGAUAAAGCAAGAUGUUUACAAUAAAGCAGUAGAACGAGCAUGCGCCAGUUGUGAAUGGAGGGAGGCUUUCAUUACAUCCACACCUGCAAGGAGGAUUGGACUUCUUCAAUUCCUUUAGUAGAUGUUUGGAAAUAUACUUUCGUGAAUUGCAUGGAGUUUCAUUAGACUGUAUAACUUAUAUUAUCUAUUAAUCUUUAGUUAUUCAAAUAUGAUUAGUGUUGAGACUCUUGUACUUAUAUGUAAUGGCAUAUCUUAUUGAGAUUUUAUGACUUAUGUUAUUGAUU